GAGUAGGAGGUGCUGGAACAGGAAACCCUUCUGGGAGGUUGAUGUCAUUUAUCCCUCAGGUCAUUCACCAAAAUUAUGUAUAUAUAGUUAAUAGUCAUCACAUUUUCAAAGGCAUUUCAAUAUCUUGUGUAGAGUAUUUCCCCGGUCGGCUGAAAUAAGAAAAUCUCCCACCUGUAAAACGCAAAAUUGACGAGCAGUUAUCAGGAAAUGGAACUCUUCCAAGAAAUUCAAGAAGUAGAGGAAUCUGGUUUUGAUUCUGCCGCCGUCCGCCACCAUCUGAAUUCCACCACCGUCACUACCCCCACCACCCUUGAGACGUGCACUGGCUGUGGUUCCAUAAAGAGAAGAUCACCUUCCUCAUCUUCAUUUUCCCAGGAACCUUCUCCCAAAAGGGCCACCCAUUAUCCCCCUCCAUCCAGCACCACAACAACCAGCACUUCUCCGCCACUAUUACCAUCACCGCCACCAUCUUCUUCCAAUGCAAUGCAUGCCAAUAAUCUCCACCAUUCACUCUCUGAGACUACUGCUUUAACUCAGCUGACGAAUCCCCGGUCACCUGACUAUUUGUCCAAGGCUAAUGCUGAUAUAUCAGCAUCUGCAUCACCAUCUGCGGUGGCAGUGGGAGCCUCACUGACAUUGCCACCACUUCCUCCGGUGACCCUUUGGAGGCCUCUAUCUGAUCACACUUCUUCAGAGUUUCAGCCAACGCCUCAGCCUGCAAGAAGAACCCUGUUGAGGUCUCCAACAUCUGAUCAAGAAAGUCUUGAAUCCAAGAGCUUGAAGAAAAUAAAGCAGAAAUUGAAGGUAAUGAGCCAAUGGGUAGAAAAAGUCAUGAGAGAAGAAGAUGAAGAAUAUACACAUUCUGAAGAAGAAAACUGCAAUAUCAAUUCCAAUUCAAAGCAGGAUGCAUCUGAGAAAGGCGCAGAGGCUCAGCCUGAGGAAGCUGUGUGGGUUGAGAAGACAAAUGGGGAGGACUUAGUUCUUCACUUCAAAUGUCCCUGUUCCAAGGGCUAUGAGAUUUUUCUUUCUGGAAACACCUGUUACUACCGAUUAAUGUAGUCCUCCAUUUUAGUGGCAAUAAUACUUAAAUUUUCUCAGGUUGACUCAAGGCUCUUUCAAAGAAAUUGCCUUUUAAAUUUGAUUGGACAGAGUAUUUUCCAGAAUGGUGGAUUUGUACAUUGAUUUUCUGAUGGAAUACUUUUACAGUAGUUGGUCUGAUUUUACAUCUGGUUAUCUAGGCAAAUCUAGUUUAUAUCCUUAGUGAAUUUGUUGUAGAAGUAGAAAUUGUAAGUUGUGUACAGGGAGGAUAGAUGAAGAAUUCACAAAUUCUUUAUAGAUAGCUUUAUAGUAAAACUGUGGAUGAAUCUAUUCCGUUACUUCCUUUUCAGUUGUUUUUUUUUUCCGGACCUUUUCAGUUGUUUACUUCAUGAAAUAACA